UCGUGACUCUAAUCUUGCCUAUGUUGAUAAUCAAGAAACCAAUCACACUAAACGAGAGGGAUCUGCUGAAAAUUGGAGCAAGGGGAUUAUCUCUGAUUUCCGGCAGACGGGAAAGGUGAAAUAUGGCUUCAAAGGACAAUGGAAAAGAGCUAGACAAUUCAAACAGCCCUGCCCAGACAAAGUCAAGUGAGACCUUUGAGGAAUCCGAUCCAGAUACCUGCGAUAUUCCAUUUUAUGUCACCGAGCUUAUUGAAAAAGAGAUUGGAAGUGAUUUGAAGUCUUUGAAAAAAUUAUCCAGUCUUAUUGAGACCAUUGCAGAUGAAAAGAAACAACUAGAAGAGCAGGUUCUAACUGUUUCAUCAGAAGCACCUAAACGAAUCCAGGCUGCUCUAAAAAAUGCAGAAGAUACAAAGGAAGCCCUUGGACAUCUUCUAGAAAAAGAGGCCUCAGUGUCUGAAUCGAUUAGCAAGCAUCUUGUGGAAGCUGCCCCAUGGAUGGAGGAUCUUGGCAUGCUGACAGACCAGAUAGAAGAAGUGGAGAGACAUCUAUCAUACCUUAAAUGGAUCUCGCAGAUUGAAGAGCUUAGUGAUAACAUCCAACAACAUCUCAUGACUAACGAUGUAGCAGAAGCUGCCAGCACCUUGGUUUCUAUGGCAGAAUUGGCUAUUAAGCUUCAGGAAUCAUCUUGUACCAAUUUGCUGAAUUUUUUAAGGUCCACUGUUCAGUUUUGGCAUAAAAUUCUUAAGGAUAAAUUAACAAGUGAUUUUGAAGAAGUAUUAAACCUUCUACACUGGCCUUUUGUUGGUCCUCUCCAGUCUCCUUCCACUGCAUCGUCUUCCUCAGCCAGUUUAGGAGAAGUCUUUGGUAACCUAGAGACACUAUUCUCUCAGCUGCUAAAACUUCAAACUUCCGAUGAAUUAAUCUCUAAACCUAAGCAGAUGCCAGAGAAAUAUUCCCUCCCAAUGUCCCCACCAAUCAUACUUCCCAUACAGAUCAUGCUUUUUCCCCUUCAGAAGAGGUUUCGGUACCAUUUCUCAGGCAACCGACAAACAAAUGCAUUAAGCAAGCCGGAAUGGUACCUUACGCAAGUGCUGAUGUGGAUUGGGAACCACACAAAGUUCAUUCAUGAGAGGAUUCAGCCCAUACUAAACAAGACCGGUUCCUCUGUUAAUGCAAAGCUGGAGUUCACUCGGGGCCUGGUCAUGCUGGUGCUGGAGAAGCUGUCUGUAGACAUCCCUUGUCUGCUAUAUGAUGACAUCCUGUUUUGCCACCUUGUGGAUGAGGUUCUUCUGUUUCAUAGAGAGCUCCAGAGCACACAUGGGUACCCUGCCACCCUCCCAAACUGCAUGCACAUUUUGUCAGAGGAAACUGCCUUCCAACGGUGGUUGACCGUGGAAAGAAAAUUGGCUUUGGAAAAGAUGGACUCCAUGUUGUCCUCAGAGGCUGCCUGGACAUCACAGUACAAAGAUAUUUCUGAUGUGGAUGAAAUGAAGGUUCCGGAUUGUGCAGAGACAUUUAUGACUCUUCUGCUUGUUAUCACAGACAGGUACAAGAACCUUCCCACAGCCUCACGGAAGCUGAAGUUCCUGGAGUUGCAGAAAGACCUAGUUGAUGACUUCAGAAUCCGGCUAACACAAGUGAUGAAGGAAGAGAGCAGAGCUCCCCUAGGGUUUCGAUACUGUGCUAUUCUCAAUGCUGUCAACUAUGUUGCUUCUGUGUUGGGGGACUGGGCGGACAAUGUUUUUUUUCUCCAGCUUCAGCAGGCUGCACUGGAGAUUUGCUCGGAUCUUACUUCCAGCAGCAAACUACAGCUCGGUCAGCUGGCGUCCAUGGAAAUCUCCGUGUUUGAUGACAUGAUUAAUCUUCUGGAACGGCUGAAAAAUGACAUGCUGUCUCGCCAGGUAGAAAAUGUUUUUAAGGAAGUCAAAGAGGCUGCAAGAAUGUACAAAAAAGAAAGGUGGCUGUCACUGCCGUCACAGUCAGAACAAGCUGUGAUGUCCUUGUCCAGCACGGCCUGCCCAAUGCUUCUGGCUCUCAGGGACCGUCUGCUUCAGCUGGAGCAGCAGCUCUGUCAUACGCUUUUUAAAACUGUCUGGCAGAUGCUAGCAGAGAAGCUUGAUAUGUUCAUUUAUCAGGAUGUUAUCUUGGCGAAUCAUUUCAAUGAAGGGGGAGCAGCUCAGCUGCAGUUUGAUAUGUCACGCAAUCUCUUCCCUUUAUUCUCCCACUACUGCAAAAGACCUGAAAACUAUUUUAAACAUGUGAAAGAAGCCUGCAUUAUCCUGAAUCUGAAUGUGGGUCCUGCCCUGCUGCUGAAGGAUGUGCUACAGUCUGCAUCAGAGAGUGUGGACUCGACCAGUUCAAGCAAUAAGCUACCUUCAGCCACAGCAGCGUUAAAUGAACUUGGCAUCUAUAAACUGGCUCCACAAGAUGUGGAAAUCCUUUUCAAUUUACGGACCAACUGGCCCAACACGGGAAAGUAACGCUUUAUUUUAAUGGUAUCGCAACACUGAUAUGACUGUGUGCUUGUAAGUUUAGGAAUAUCACCAUUAUACCCUGAAUCUCAGACUCAGUCAGAUGCACAGGAAGAGGAGUACCAGAUUUUGACUGUCAAAUUCCUCCUAUAGUAGUUCAUCCUAAAAUGUGUAUAUGUUAUAUGCACUCUUUAUCCUAAGUCUGUAUACACGUGAGUCUUGAACAACAUUUGUAUGGUGUGGAGUUUCUUGCAUUACAACUCUUCUUUGAACUAUAAGUGGUUCAUUGAGCUGUUGCACGACUACCCACACAUUGUAUAAUACUUUGGUCUUUUAAAUGCUAGAUAAAUGUCACUAGCUAUCUAGUUAAACAUCUCAACAAUAAGAGAAUUGUGAAUAUUGAUAUCCAACAAAUUAUUGAUAAAGAA